AUGCCGCGCUCCUUCUCCUGCUGGAACGACAAGCGCCGCCCUGGCGCCAAGCUCUUCAACGACUUUUCCGGCAUCGGGGCCGGCGCGCCGGGCGCAGGCUCCUCCUCGCUCGACCCGGCCGCCUCCAACCCCGACGAGGGAGGGUGGUCGUGGUCUCGGUCGGAGCAGGGCCUCAUCACGGAGGGCCUCGACGUCGAUGAGCUCGUCGCCUCGCUCACCGAUGACCGCGAGGUCAUGGAGCAGUUUGGCGUCGCACAGCCGCCCCUCUCUCCGCCCGCCGCACCGUCAGCACCCCUGGGCUCGCCGCCCGCGCUGAUGCCACCGCUGGUCGCGGACGGGAUCACGGCGUGGCAGCCCAACGGCGGCGGCGCGCCGCCGGCCGCCGGGGCGAUCGUUGCGAUGGACACUUCGAUGGACGUGGAGGCGGCCGUGGCGGAGGGGGCACCGGAGGGGGCGGAGCAGCCGCUGGUCGCCGCGACGCUGAUCGUCGCGCCGGAGGCCGAUCCGAGCGGGAGCGGCGGCGCCGCGGGCGCCGACGGCGAGGCGAUGGCGGCCGACCCGCCGCAGCCGUCGUUUGAGUGGACUGCGUGCAACUGCCCGAUCCGGACAGACCCGAGCGGGGCUCCGCUGGCGGCGCCGGUGUCGGCGAGCGGCGCGGCGGGGUACGGCAUCACGGUCGCGCUGCAGACGCCGCUCCUGUACUGGAACGAGCGCGCCCGCUGGAUGUGGCACAAGAAGUGGUGCCUGCCGCGCAUCUCUGUGGUCGUCUCGGAGCCGCUCGGCGCGGGAGGCUCGCUCGGCGGGCCGCCCCUCGUGGCGAUGGUCUCGCCCUCGUCGCCAUUACUAGUGAAUGAAUUAGGCCACCCUCGUCACCAUGCAGAGACCACUCAGGCCCUCGUCGCCGCCGCCGCCGGCGCCGAGUCGCCGCGAUCCUCCCUCCGAGCGACGCACCGCGUGCUGCUGCACGAGAACGGCGCCGCGCGGGCCGCCGUCGCAGACUCGACGAUCUCGAUCAUCCGCGGCACGCCCGCGCGGCUGCUGGUCUCUUCGCGCUACGCUGUGCCCGUCGAAACCAACGGCGCGCCAGCCCCGCCCCGCCCCCCUCUUCCCCGCGGGCCUGUCUUUCGCGUCUACCCCGCGCGGCAGGCGUCGGUCUACUCGAGCGUCUAG